AUGAGUAUCGAAAAAGAGACCGCGACUGGGGUGCAGAGUUCUGCAUACCCUAUUGAGGCCGAUGACAAGGAUUCCCACAGGGAGCUCAACGAAUACGGACUCCCAGAUAAAUUGCGGGUCACCAGGCAUAUUGUAAUCAAGAAGACUGAGAUUCUGGCUGCUCAGUACGACUCUUGGUACUACCGUGUCAUUCUGCUGUUUGCCGCUUUCAUUUGUGGCUACGGGUAUGGUCUCGACGGGAACAUUAGGUACAUCUACACGGGAUAUGCCACCAACGCAUACAGCGAGCACUCUCUGUUGUCGACCAUUGGUGUGGUUAACAAUGUCAUUGGUGCCGCCUCUCAAUUGGUCUACGCUAGGCUUGCGGACACAUUUGGCCGCCUGUCAUUGUUCAUCACUGCAAUCGUCUUUUAUGCCGUUGGCACUAUCAUCCAGUCACAAGCAUACGAUGUUCAAAGAUACGCCGCUGGCGCGGUAUUCUACAACAUCGGGUAUGUGGGGGUGAUUUUGGUGCUCCUACUGAUGCUUUCUGACUUCUCAUCCUUGAGAUGGAGACUAUUGUACACUAUCGUUCCAACGUGGCCUUUCAUCAUUAACACUUGGAUUUCGGGUAACAUUACGAGUGCUGCGAAGCCGGAGACAAAUUGGUCUUGGGAUAUUGGGAUGUGGGCGUUUAUUUUCCCUCUAUCUUGUGUUCCUUUGAUUGCUUGUAUGAUCCAUAUGAGAAUCAAGGCCCGCAAGACUCCUGAAUGGAUUGCGCUAAAGCAAGAGAAAUCCUACUUCCAGACCAACGGGCUUUGGGACACCUUGGUUGAACUUUUCUGGAAAUUGGAUGUUGUGGGCGUUCUUCUUUUGAUAGCCACUUUGGGUUGCAUACUUGUGCCUUUGACAUUGGCCGGAGGAUAUAACUCCAAAUGGAACAACCCACACAUCAUUGGUCCAUUUGUGCUUGGUUUUGUGCUCGUGCCCAUUCUCAUGUUCUGGGAAAUGAGAUGGGCUAGAGACCCGCUUGUCCCUUACGGGCUAAUCAAAGACAGAGGAGUUUGGUCGGCUUUGGCUAUAAGCUUUUUGAACUACUUCAUUUUCGCUCUGGCUGCCGGCUACUUGUACGCAAUCCUCCUUGUUGCAGUCGACGAGUCAGUAAAGUCUGCGACAAGAAUCAGCAGUCUUUCGUCUUUCGUGUCGGUAGUGUGGUCUCCCAUUUUCUCACUGUUUAUCACAAGACAGAAAAAACUGAAGCCUUACAUUGUCUUAGGCUGUGCGAUGUGGAUGGUCGGAAUUGGCCUCCUAUACCACUACAGAGGAGGUUCUUAUGCCCACUCUGGUAUCAUCGGUGCCCUUUGCGUGUGGGGCGCGGGCUCAACAAUGUGGACAUACCCGGUCAACAUUUCCGUGCAGUCAGCUACGUCCCACGAGAACCUUGCCACAGUCACAGCCCUGAACUACACUCUGUACAGAAUUGGCGGAGCCGUUGGGACCGCUGUUUCGGGUGCAAUUUGGACACAGACGCUUUACAAGCAGCUGCUGAAGAGGCUAGGAGACGCGGAUCUCGCAGCUGCGGCUUACGCCUCACCUUACACAUUUAUUGUGUCGUAUGCAUGGGGCACACCUCAGAGAGAAGCAGUCGUCGGCGCUUACAGACACGUGCAAAGGUACGAAACCAUCGUGGCAUUGGUGUUUUGCGCUCCGCUCGUGAUAUUUGCCAUGUGUUUGAGAGACCCAGAUCUGACGGACGAGGUUGCUCACUCUGGCCUCGAGAAAGGCGAGUACAUCGUGAAGGAUCAGACGGAUCCAAUUUCUGACUGGUUCUCGUCGAAAUGGUCCCGUCUGCGCGAGAGAAAGGAAAACUAA